AUGUAAACAACGGCAGAAACAACAAUCGCUAAAGGUAGCGAAUUGGACUUUUCACCCAGACCUUGCAUAUUUCUCAUUGCCUGACACCAUGCCCGUUGGUCCCGAUGGAUUUCGUGUGCCAAAUGCUAAUGAAGGUGACUCGAAAAAUAAAUUAGAAUGGUUGGUGGGGCCAGGGCAAGAUGAAUAUUGCCGUACUUUUGUAAUCAAUGAAGAAGACCACACAUUAGGAAAUGCAUUGAAACACAUAAUCAUACAAAACCCAGCUGUCUCAUUCUGUGGAUAUACAGUUCCUCAUCCAAUGGAACGCAAAAUACAUGUUCGUAUACAAACAAAUAAAGUUCCAGCUGUCCAAGUACUUAGACAAGCACUGAAGGAACUGAAGGAGCAGAAUGAAUUUAUUAGACAAAUGAUUAAGGAUGAAGUUAAAAGAUAUCAGGAGGCUCAUCCAGAGGAAGAGAAUAUGGAAUAAUUAUGUAUGAUUAAGUUGUAUGUCACUAAGUAGAGUUUAGGUCACUCUU